CGCCAACGGUCAUCGCGCCAGUGGAAGAGAGAGCGUUUUAGCGGAAAAUGGCGUCGGGACAGGAAAAGAGGGCGGAGCUGGACGAGAGGGCUAGGCAGGGGGAGACGGUUGUCCCUGGGGGAACCGGCGGGAAGAGCCUUGAAGCUCAGGAGCAUCUUGCUGAAGGGAGGAGCAGGGGCGGGCAGACGAGGAGGGAGCAGCUGGGGACGGAAGGGUACAAGGAGAUGGGCCACAAAGGAGGGGAGACGAGGAGGGACCAGAUGGGGACGGAAGGCUAUCAGGAGAUGGGCCGAAAAGGUGGGCUCAGCACCAUGGACAAGUCCGGCGGGGAGCGUGCUGCCGAGGAAGGGAUCCAGAUCGACGAGUCCAAGUUCAAGACUCGCACUUCCUAG